CAGUUUCUGUCAUUACAUUGUCGCUUCGUGCUUUAGCCCCUUUAUUUUCAGGACGUGAGAAUUAGAAUUUAGCAAUUCAAACUACCAACAAGUAACCUACUACGCAGUUACGCAGCCUUUGCACUUAACCGAGUUUGCUGCAUGCAUAAUCAAGCUCAGUGAUUACCAUAACGAACGGUCGCUGUUUCAAAGAUUAGUUUUUUCUCACGCUCUGACUUAUCGACGCUUAUAAGUCACUCAUUACUUCAAAACGUGGCUGCUGGUGGGUUUACACACAUGUCUUAGGUUGGAACGAGUCAUAGUUUAACAGCAGGCAGGAGACUGAGAGGUGCACAGAGACGAGAGUAGAGAGAGGAAUCUUGUGAGGAGUAAAUGGGGGAGUGCCGGUGAACACUGAGACUGUUUGGAGCACUCGUGUCUGGCCUGCUGUCUCAGUCGUGGGAAAGACUGAAAUUACAUCGCUCACAAGGCCGGUUAUUUUCAGCCGUGGCUGAAAGCGACAGAGGGCACACACUCGACUACUUUAGCUCCUCUGAAGCAGGACUCCCCUGUGAGCUCACCGUGCCCGCAGAGCUGAGUGAGAAUGCUGUGUGCCACGUCCCCAGAUCUGGAGCCGGAUGACACCACAUCGUUCUACAUUCUGAACGUGGGUCAGCCUCCAACAGUGGCGAACCAGACCUUAGGUGUCCAGAGGCAUGGAGUCCAGGCUCACUCCCAUCUCAUCUCUACGUCUCCUACGUUGCAGCCUCUUCACAAGCCCUUUGAGCCCAGCUAUGAGUCCCCAGACUCUAAAUACCCUCCCAGUGGAGGUGGAGGAGGUGCAUGUAGGCCUCUCAAGGCCUUUGAAUGCCCAAGCAUCCAGAUCACCUCUAUCUCCCCUAGCUGCCAGCAAGAGCUCGAUGGUAAUGAGGCUGACCUACGCUCCAAAGGUGUGGAUGGGGACUUCCACGAGCGGCCGCUGUCCCGGGACCACCUGUAUCUGCCCUUGGAUCAUUCAUACCGCGAUUCAUCACUGAGCCCAAGUCCCUGCAGCAGCUUGUCAUCACGUAGCUGGUUCUCAGAUGCGUCAUCAUGCGAGUCCAUCUCACAUGUGUACGACGACGUGGAUUCAGAGCUGAAUGAAGCAGCAGCGCGUUUUACACUUGGAUCUCCUCUGGCUUCGCCACAGGGUGCCCCGCUGGAGGAGCAAUGGCAACAACAGCACCAUCACCACCACCAUCCUGGUUACACCCCAUCACUUUCCCACCCACACACCCACUCGCUCUCUCCACGUCAGUCACCAUGCCACUCACCACGUACCAGCGUGACUGACGAGAACUGGCUCAGCCCACGGCCACCUUCACGUCCAUCCUCACGGCCUACAUCGCCUUGCGGAAAGAGGCGCCACUCCAGUGCCGAUAUCUGCUGUUCACCGCAUCACUCCCCAACACCAACCCCAGGCCCCUCCCCCAGGGGCAGCGUCACAGAGGACACCUGGAUCGGCAGUCCUAUAGAUAUGCCAUCCUUCCAGUGCUGCACCCCAGACCCUGACAUCCCAUCCAAGACCAGGAAGACAUCACAGGACUGUACAGCUACCUUACAGACCACAAAAACCGAUCUCAGUCUGGACAAUUCAGGAAAUAUCUCACCGCUUCGUGAUUCGCCAGCGGAUGAAUCCAUGCACGGACUGAAAAAAGAUGGAGCUGGCGAGCAAUUCCUUUCGGUUCCUUCUCAUUUCACCUGGAACAAACCCAAACCAGGACACACACCUAUUUUCAGGACGUCCUCCUUGCCCCCCCUGGACUGGCCCUUGCCGAGUCAGUACAAUCAGUAUGAGCUGAAGAUCGAGGUGCAUCCUAAAGCCCACCACCGGGCGCACUACGAGACCGAGGGCAGCCGAGGAGCCGUCAAAGCAGCCUCUGGCGGACAUCCUGUCGUCAAGCUCAUCGGCUACAACGAGAAGCCCGUAAAUCUGCAGAUGUUCAUCGGGACGGCAGACGACCGCUAUUUAAGACCGCACGCUUUCUACCAGGUUCACCGCAUCACAGGCAAAACGGUGGCCACAGCGAGCCAGGAAAUCAUGAUCGCUAGCACCAAGGUCCUGGAGAUUCCUCUCCUUCCUGAGAACAACAUGUCUGCCAGUAUUGACUGUGCCGGGAUUUUAAAGUUAAGGAACUCUGAUAUCGAGCUGAGAAAAGGUGAGACGGACAUCGGGCGGAAAAAUACCAGAGUGCGUGUGGUUUUUCGGGUUCAUAUCCCACAACCCAAUGGAAGAGUUCUGUCUAUACAAGCUGCCUCGAUCCCUGUGGAGUGCUCCCAGCGCUCAGCACAGGAGUUACCUCAGGUGGAGAAGUUCAGUUUGAGCAGUUGUCCAGUCAGUGGAGGAGAGGAAAUGAUCAUCACAGGUUCAAACUUCUUCCCUGAGUCAAAGGUCAUCUUCCUGGAGAAAGGCCCUGAUGGGCGACCACACUGGGAGGUGGAAGCCAAGAUCAUUCGGGAGAAGAGUCAAGAGUCAAGCAUUGUAGUGGAAGUUCCACCGUACCACAGCAAGAGCAUAACCUCUGCAGCGCAGGUUCAGUUCUACGUGUGCAACGGAAAGCGGAAAAGGAGCCAAUCACAACGUUUCACCUACUUGUCAGUCCUGGUUAAACAGGAGCACCGAGACGAUUUGGACCCCCCUACUGUGCCGCCGAUGCCCAUACCCCAUGCACAUGCUGUUGGUCUGGUUCGUUCUCCGGUCCUGUCGUCCCCGGACCACUCGCAUUCACAGGACGGGCUUCUGCCUGGCUCCCCACAUGGACUGGCCCCCUCCCUGCACCCUCUCCAGACACCCUGUGCUCCUCUUCACUCACCUAACUUCUCUCACCUGCCUCGCCUCCAGGCCCUUCACCCACCUCCUGAAUGCCAGAUGCCCUUCCAUCCAGGCAGUGUGCCCCCCUCCAGGCCGACCUACCCCCCUCUUCAGCACAACCUACCUUUCAAUGGCCAAGCCAACCUACCUGGAGCCAGCUCUCAGGCGUAUGAGCGUGUGCCCUUCCAACCAGAGCCAGUCGGGUGCCACUCUUUGGGAAUGGGCAUGGUGUAUGGCUCACCAGUUUCAGCUCCUGCCUCUGGAACUGGCUCCUCAAGCCCCAGCCACUCUUCUCCUCAACUCCACUCUCUUGGCUAUCACUGUGCCACCCCUGCUCAGGUGACCUCGCCCACUCAUUCCCUCGGUCAACCUGGAAUGCCACUCCAGCGCUCACUCAGCUACCAUCCAGUCGGGCAACGUUCGGCAUCAUGCCCAACCCCCUCUAACGUCCCUGUCCGAAUGAUACCCCAACCCCACUCGGGUCCAUCCUCUCCUCAGCUGCAUUCGCUGCCCUACCAGUCACCCACCUCAUCUUCUCCCACCAGCAGCCCUCUGGGUGCCCAGCCCUCCCCCCAAGCUAACAGUCCUGUCAUGACAUGUAUUCCCACCACAGGACCCAUGGUGCAUCCACUGGCACGACAACAAGGCUCGUUUACCGGUGACGGAGAGCGGCUGAACAUCAAGCAAGAACCAGAGGACAGAGAACUCACGUUCCGCUCUAUAGGCCUGCAGGAUAUUACACUGGAUGAUGUAAACGAGAUCAUCGGCAGAGACAUGUCUCAGGCUCCAGGGGUUCAUGGAUCCUCAAGCACGCUGGGACACUCGUAGCCCAUUGCCCUCAGCACUUGUCUGUACGGCAGCAUGUCUGCGAGUCCCGGCGAGCUCUGGACUCGAGAGACGCAGACAGACGCGGCGCUUCCAUCCACACGCAUCAUUUCAAACGAGACCAGACCCAGCCAGAGAAGAUCUACUGAUGCUGACAUCACAGCAUUCACAAACCAAGUUAUAAAGAAGAUAUUCAGGAGAAAACUAAACGAUCAAACAUGUGGCUAGAAAUAAUAAACAGUUCGUCUCUUUCUCUCUCUCAGCUUUUUCUCGCAGUAGUUCUCAGGCACUUUUUUUUGGAUCAGACAUCUAAUGAAAAGAGCAAUCUAUGCAGCCCAGUAUGAAUAUGCAAUACAAACAACAUCACACAGACCAAAUGUAGCAUAACAUAGGUAGAUGCUUUGCUCUGGAUCAUGGGUCGGAUUGGAUGGGAAAUGGAACUCAAGAGGUCUUUCGAUUAUCGCCGAUGCUGCCUCUUGAAAUCAGCGUGAUCUCAGCGGCGCCCUCUGGACUACUUGCUGCCGAUGUGUUAAAGAUAUGCAACAUUCCACACUUUUCGAGUCUUUUUUCACCUCUUCAGGUUGAACAAAUGCCUUAUAAGCCUAGUAGCUUGGAUUGACUGAAAAAAUAGCUUUUAAUAGAGACAUUAUAACAAUAACGUUCUAUUGUUAUGUUGUUGUUUUUUUUCUAUAUUUUGUUUUUCAUAAAGCUGAAUUCUGUGCCGAAGACACAGGUCAAGUUUGCGUGUUUUGCAUUUCAAGUUCUAGCGUGCAGCAAAGCGUGUAACAUUUACAAACGCAAUACAGCCGAACUCCAUCGUGUAGGAUCCGUACUCCGCACAGGACAUCCAUAGCACUGUAGAAAGUUAAGUCAAACUUGGAGCGUCUGAGACGUCAAGAGAAUCUGUCGUAUUGUCGGUGUGCUAGCUGAUACUCCCGUGUGCCUUUCAAAUGACAAUCAUGCUCAGAUAUAGAAGAACCCAUGCACAUCUAUUCGGUAUGGCAGCCAUAUUGCCGUGGUUAGAAAUGCUGCUUUCAGACUAUGGAUUUUUUUUCCUUUUUUAUUUUAUGUUCUACAGCAUAACCAUAACCUUAUGUUUAUACUAGCAAGCAUCAGGUAGACAGACAUUUCCUGUGUAGAUCUACAACAUGGAGAUACAGUUUCACCACCAACACCAGUGUUGGAAACAACACUAUGAUGUCACAAUUCUAUGCUAAUUAGUUAUGAUGUGGGAAAGCAACAAAUCCAAACAGCGGGUUCGAAUGAUUCAUCAGAACAACUCUACAGCAAGCACGGUCCGUCGUUGUCCAGUUAGCUUAGCACAAUUUACUGAUGUAUGCUUGCUUUCAAACUGAUUAGCGCAUAAAUAAUCAGCUUUAUUAAGCUACGACACCGGUAUCAGUUCUACAGGAUACUCAGAGAAACCACAACGGUCACUUGCUAGUGCAAAGGUAGGGUUGAAAACAUUGAUACCGGUUUGGGUUACUGUUUCUGUUCAAAAAUGAAGGUUGAUGGUUAUGAUAUCUCUGUACAUUUCACUAGUCUACCAGCAUGUCAUGUAGAUGCCUCUCUGAAAGGGAUUUUAAAGAGCAGGUCACAUUGAGGGAGAAAAACCCGUGGUGUGAAAGCAGCCAACCUGCAUUUUGACAAUCAGCAGCUCAGUGUUGCAGGAUAUGAAGUUAUACAAAGCCGUUAAUAUAAAACUUUUUUUUUUUAACCAAUUUCCAGAAAAAUAAAUAUAAAAAAUCCAAUCUCACCCCCCAAACCCAAAAAAAAGAAUCUAGAUCGUAAACAAAGCAAAUUAAAUCAGUGUUUGAGGUUACUUACAAAAACGUGGGAUUUUCUUAAUUUUUUUUCUCGAGGAUAUUUCUGAUAGUGAGCAUUGGUGCUAUCUCUGUAAGAAAUAUGUUUUUAAUUAGCUGCGUAGCUGAAGGUUUGAAUGAAAGAAGUCUGUGAAGAAUUUGUAUUUUGUCCCUGCCUUAAAAAAUAGACGGUAAUAACUCUUGUAUGUAUAUUUUAUCUAUUUUAAAGAGACUGGUGGUGACU